AUGUCAUUGAGCACAGUUAUUGUUAUGUGUGUGUGUAUUAACUUCUGUUUUUUCUUCAUUACACGCUUGGCUGGCAAAUCUUCAGACGCCAAUGGAACCUUACACGUUACAUCGGGAGAGGAUUCAAAUCAAACACAAGAGAGAACCACUGAUGACGGAAAUCCUGCCAAUGUGACUGUAUCUCCCUCUGACAGUGGUGAUAAUGGCACAGCUGUAACUUCUCAACCAAAAUUGCUUCAUGGUUCGUAUGGCGACGACUAUAUCGAUCCCCACUAUGGUUAUCACUCCGGUUAUUACAAAAAUCCUCAUCAUGGUUAUCAACACAGUUAUGGUUCCCACUAUGGUUAUCAUGGCGUUUAUCAUUCUCACAAGGGCGGAUACAAAGAUUAUUAUUAUCCUAAAUACGGCGGCCAUCAUGGUUAUGGUAAAUAUUCUAAGGGUCAUAAAUACGGAAAACACUAUUACGGCGGUGGCAAAUAUGGUUAUCAUAAAGGGUACGAUCACGGUUAUAAUAAGGGAUAUGACAAAAAUUACCAUGGUAAAUAUCCUGGAUAUAAGAACAACUACUAUGGUGGUUACCAUGGUGACCAAAAUGGAACCUUACACGUUACAUCGGGAGCGGAGUCAAAUAAAACACAAGCGAGAACCACUGAUGACGGAAAUCCUGCCAAUGUGACUGUAUCUCCUUCUAACCGUAGUGAUAAUGGCACAGCUGUAACUUCUCAACCAAAAUUGCUUCGUGGUUCGUAUGGCGACGACUAUAUCGAUCCCAAAUAUAGUCAUCACUCCGGUUAUGGUUCCCACUAUGGUUAUCACAAGGGUGGACACAAAGAUUAUUAUCCUAAAUACGGUGGCAAUCAUGGUUAUGGUAAAUAUCCUAAGGGUCGUAAAUACGGAAAGCACUAUUACGGCGGUGGUAAAUAUGGUAAUCAUAAAAAGUACGGUUAUAAUAAGGGAUAUGACAAAAAACACCAUGGUAAAUAUCCUAAAUAUGGCAAAAAGCACUAUGGUGGUCACUAUGGUGGAGUGGAGUCAAAUAAAACACAAGAGAGAACCACUGAUGACGGAAAUCCUGCCAAUGUGACUGUAUCUCCUUCUGACAGUGGUGCUAAUGGCACUUCCUCCACUACAGAAGUCUCUGAAAAACCUUCAGACGUCAAUCGAACUUCACGGGUUACAUUGAGAAGUCAGUUAAAUGAAACACAAGAGAGAACCACUGCUGACGGAUAUUCCGCCGCUGUCAAUUCAACCUCCACUGAAGCUCCUUCUGACAGUGGUAAUAUUACUACAGAUGUAACGUCCAGAUCGAAAUUGCUUCAUGGAUCGUAUGACCAUGACAAAGAUGACUACGACGACUAUCCAAGGCACCAUAAAAAGGAUCACGGACAUUACAAGUCUAAAUUCUAUGAUCAUCACCAUUCAUAUGAUGAUGAUGAUUAUUACAAGGACGAUUGCGAAGUUGAUUACAAGUAUCAUGGUAAACGCCAUCACUAUGGUCAUGGUCACAAAUAUGGUGGUCAUCAUGGUUACGAUUCUCAUUGGGAAAAAGAAGAUUACCAUCACAAAUAUCAUCAACAUCAUCCCAAGUACGGUCAUGACCAUCACGACUACGACUAUCAUCAUAAAGAUCAUUAUGAUUAUCCUUCCCACCAUUACAAAGAUUAUUAUCCUAAAUACGGCGGCCAUCAUGGUUAUGGUAAAUAUCCUAAGGGUCAUAAAUACGGAAAACACUAUUACGGCGGUGGCAAAUAUGGUAAUCAUAAAAAGUACGAUCACGGUUAUAAUAAGGGAUAUGGCAAAAAAUACCAUGAUAAAUAUCCUAAAUAUGAGAAAAAGUACUAUGGUGGUCACUAUGGUGGUAAGCAUCAAUACUCGAAAUAUUGA